AUGCUGCCUCUUCAUCUCGUUUGCCACAUCCGGUCAAGAUGAUUGCCUUCUAUUCCGUUUGUUAUUAUUCAACUUCGGUCUCGUGGCACGUCGGUCAACAGGGCGCGUACACAGCGUGUGUUUGAAGUACAGCACAUUUGGACAGAUAAACACACACACACACGACCACUGCGGUGUCCACUUGUUUAACCCUGCAGAUGACAGAAAGAAAAACGGGGAGAGGGGGGCACACAGAGAAAGGAGGGGAGAGAGAGAGAGUGAGAGAGGGAGAGAGAGAGAGGGGGGAGACUAUUUGAACGCCUGUGCAGGGGGUGUGGAGGAGCCGUGUUUCGGCAGCAUCUCAGCAGACAUACCAGGACUCCUCCUGCCUCCGCUGCACCGAUCACCUGCACCUUCAUCUCCCUCGGAUGAUUUUUGGCGCAUCCCCCUUCAUCACAUCAGUCCCAGCCUUUCUUCCUGCGGUUCACAUGAGUGUUUCUCCGCCGGCGCGGACACUGGUUCUGAUUUUUUUUUUUUUAACAUUGGCGCUGCCGGGCGGACGCGCGCCUCAGCACCAUCACCUUCAUCAUCACCCUCAUCAUCAUCGGGGGAAGGUUUUCCUGAAACAAUCUGUUGCGAUCGCUGAAAAGGGCCGAGCCAUGGUGCCAGAUGCACCGUUUCUCUCCACGGCACCGUGAGAACUUUCCUCCUGGCUUCUCUGCUCCCCGCGUCCUUUCUUUUUAGAUGUUUGUCGCUGGAAUCGUGCACCUUUGGGGAAUUCUCCAUCGUUUCCCUCUUGCAUUAUGUUCACUUUUGCUGCCUUCUGCUACAUGCUGUCUCUGGUCCUGUGUGUGUCCCUAAUCUUCUUCGCAAUAUGGCACAUAACCGCUUUUGAUGAGCUGCAGGCGGACUUCAAGGUGCCGAUUGAUCAGGGCAAUCCACUUCAUGCGAGGGAGAGACUGCGGAAUAUUGAGAGGAUCUGCAACCUGCUGAGGAAGUUGGUGCUACCGGAGUAUUCCAUCCAUGUACUCUUUUGCAUUAUGUUUCUCUGUGCUCAGGAGUGGCUAACCGUGGGCCUCAACAUCCCUCUGCUCUUCUACAACACCUGGAGCAGGUACUUUCAUUCCCCCACUGACACCAAGGAGCUCCUGUACGACCCGGCAUCUGUGAUGAACGGGGACACGCUCAAGUUCUGUCUGAAGGAGGCGUGGUGCAAGCUUUCCUUCUUUGUCCUCUCCUUCUUCUACUAUCUCUACUGUGUGUGGAACCUGGAAAUAUCCCUCUAAUAUGUCUUAUCAAUGGAAACACUUAAAGUAUGAUCUACUCCUUGGUUACCUCAUAACAACUGAUUUAUACAGCAGAGAAAUAGGGGGAAAAAAAGCCCUCCGGAUACACAGACUACUGCGAUUUGUGUCAGGCUAGAAGUGGAGGAAGGGAUUCAAUGUUUAUUUGUUUUGUAGCCAAUCACUGAUCGUUUCGGGGAGCAGAGCUCGUUGGGUUUUUGUCUCUGACCGACGAAGAAAGGACUUUUAAUGAUCACGUAGACUGGGAGCAAAAUCUGAAAUUCGCAGGUUUUUUUUUUUGUUUUUUUUUGUUUUUUUUGGGUCAUUGAAGUCCUGUCGUCAAUCACUGCCUGGCCAAUGUUUGUAUUACACACUCAGCCUCUGGACUAAUAUCGCACUCACUGUACAGUAGCAGUAGUGUUUGCACAGUUUGUCUCAGGCACAGCAUACAGUGAAGCGUUGUCCAGCCGCGGCACUUCUUCACCAUCCUUCGCUGACGCUUCGCCAAGCUUAGCUUUCCCGGUGAGUCGGAAGAUUACCGCGGAGAUGGAGAAGUAACAGGACGGAUCGCUGUACAGAAAAGAAAAAAAAAAAAUUGACAUCUGCUCUUUAAAAGGCACCGGGACACAGUGUUCUCUUUGUAACUUCGCACAGUCGGCACAUAGCGGUCCAUAACGGCCUGUGAAGUAAUUUUUUUUUUUUCCUGUCUGAAAAAAUAUGUGAAUGGCUUUUUGUGACGUGUGCAUUUUUGGUGUACUCUUAACAGAAGACGUUUCUAAUUGGUCGACAACAAGGGCGUCCUAUAUUUUGUGUUGUCGUCGUGUUGUGUCAUUGUGUGAGAAAACUCUUUUUCUAAAACUCGAGCUGACUACAAGACGAAAAAACGAAAAGUACAUCGAACUUUUAUAGUAGAGGAGCACAUAUUCUUUGCACAAAUGGUGUCUUGCACAAUAUUUAGAGACGAUUAUCGAUAGUCUAGCCCCAAGGGUGAAGGUCUUCCAACAUAUAACACAAACUACCCACAGGCCUGUUCCAAGAUGGGUGAGAAAUGUGAAUCUUUUUGUAGCUCUAUUUACACCAUGGACCAAACAUUGUAUUUUCAGUAUAUUAACAAUUUCUUCUUUGUUUUUUUUUCUUCUUUUUUUCUGCAAGAACCUAAUGACUUUCCUUGAUGUGUUUAAAUGAAAAUUAAUAUUAAGGAAGAAGAAAAAUGUAGCAGGAACGUGUAAGGGACUUCAAAUUCAACUAUUUGCUCAUUUUACUUUGCCGAGAGUAUUUUACUUCUACUGUAUGUGUAUCAUCAAGGACAGUUACUUCAUUCCUUGAGAAAGCCAGACGCUCAUUAUGUCAUUCUUAGACACCUCGGCGGUGCAGUUUUAAGAAGCUCCUCCAUUCACAUGUAGCACAAAUCGUCAAUCAACAAUCUGAUCUUUAGCAUUUCUGACACUUUGAAGCUUAAACUCAAGGAGCGUAUGAAAACACACAGUAUAUUAUUUAUUGUCAUUGACUCAUUUUCUAUCCUUACUGUGUAUGUGAACCA